AUGUCUCAUAGGAAGUUUGAGGUCCCCCGUCACGGGUCAUUGGGUUUCUUGCCUCGCAAGCGUACCCGCCAUCAUAAGGGUAAGGUAAAGUCGUUCCCCAAGGAUGACCAGUCCAAGCCCUGCCACCUUACUGCCUUCAUGGGCUACAAGGCUGGCAUGACCCAUAUCGUCCGUGAUGUCGAUAAGCCGGGUUCUAAGCUUCAUAGGAAGGAGGUUGUUGAGGCCGUCACUGUCUUGGAAGCUCCUCCUAUGGUCUGUGUUGGUUUCGUUGGUUACGUCGAGACCCCCAACGGUCUUCGUGCUCUCACCACUGUGUGGGCAAAGCACUUGUCCGAUGAGGUCCGCCGUCGUUUCUACAAGAACUGGUAUCACUCCAAGAAGAAGCUUUCAGCAAGUACCAAGAGAAGGACCAUGACGCUGAGGUCCAGCGGUGUAAGAAGUACUGCCAGGGUUGUGCGUGCCAUCAUGCACACCCAGGUCAGCAAGGUGAAACUCACUCAGAAGACGCCCACAUUGUCGACGUCAGGUCAACGGUGGCUCUGUAUCUGA